GAAUAAAUUAUGUUAAUGAGGCCCGUGAGGUUCUGUCGGGGGUUUGGAGGCGGCGUGCAGCGGGAGCUGUGGCCAGUUCGGAGGGGAGAGCAGGAGAGGGGAAGCCGACGCCGCCGCUGCUGCUGCUGCGCUGUGCUAUUGACACACAUACAGCGUGAGGGGUAUUCAGGGCUCGCACACCCGCAGACCGGGGGCUGGGGAGCCGCGGGGCUGCAGCCACUUGCUGGGUUCCCCCUCGCCGUGCCGUGCUGCGGCUCUUGAACUGAACCUCUUCUUAGGAGGCGAGCCAGGUGGAGGGGAGAAGGGGAAGCAACAAGUCCGCCCGCUCCAUCUCCGGGAGGGCGCCCCCCUACCUCCCCAUCUCCUCCCCGUGCACCUGAAAUCUCGCUGACAAGUGACAGGCGUUUGCAGGCGCCACGCUUGGGAUACUUGUCAAAGGUUUUUCUCCAGGCGGGUCGGGGAUCUGAAACACUCUCCCUCCCCGUCCCCCCCAAAAAACCACCCUGCUGCUCUGUUUUUGCCCGGCUGGUUUUUUGGGUCUCGCCCUCUCUCCCGCUGGAUGGUUGGUUUUUGAUCCCUCCCGGGGUGCCGUUGGCAAUGAAGGCACUGCUGCGUGCUCUCUCUUUGCAUUGAAAGCGUGUAACCCAUUUCUGGGCUUUUGCUUUAUUUUUUCAGCUGUUUUUUUUUUUUUGCCUCUGUAAACUAAUUGUCCCCGCCGGGGGAGGGGAAGGGGGGGCGAGGAAAAACUGCUGCAUCUGCAGGGUGGAAAAGCAUGUUGGGGAAAAGCCAAGAAGCCAAAAGACAGGAUGGCAACGGGGAGCCGAGCUGCCUUGGGGGACAGCGCUGCUGUCCUAGCUGGACUCUGCCCUCCAGUUCGCUGCUGGCUGCUUUUCUGUCAGUGGUGGCUGUAGCCUCCUGUGUGUAUCUGGGGGUGAAGACCAGUGAUCUACACGCGAGGGUCUCUGCCAUCGAGAGCGCCCAAGGGGACUUCUCUGCUGCUGCUGCUUCUUCUUACCAGCUGCUGCCCGGUUUCUCCCUGGAUCAGCUAAAUUCAAUGAUGCAAGAAAAAGUGGAGCGACUUCUAGCUCAGAAAUCCUACGAGCAUUUGGCAAAAAUAAGAAUAGCAAGAGAAGCGCCUCCAGAGUGCAACUGCCCAGCAGGCCCUCCUGGGAAACGAGGUAAGAGGGGCAGAAGAGGAGAGACCGGACCUCCUGGUCAACCUGGUCCUCAAGGUCCUCCUGGUCCAAAAGGCGAGAAGGGAGAUCAAGGUGAUCAGGGCCCUCGGAUGGUGUUUCCUAAAAUCAAUCAUGGGUUUCUCUCUGCUGAUCAGCAGCUCAUUAAACGCCGCCUCAUUAAGGGUGAUCAAGGACAAGCUGGACCCCCUGGUCCUCCAGGGCCACCAGGACCCAGAGGUCCUCCAGGAGACACUGGCAAAGAUGGCCCCCGAGGGAUGCCUGGAGUACCGGGAGAGCCAGGAAAACCAGGUGAACAAGGGUGGAUGGGGCCUCAGGGACCUCCAGGACAAAAGGGUUCUGUUGGAGUGCCUGGUGUUCCAGGAAUAGAUGGACAUAUGGGUGAACCAGGUUUGCCUGGUGCAGUGGGAGAACGCGGAGCACCAGGGCUUAAGGGUGACCCUGGAGAACGAGGAGAAAAGGGUGAUGCUGGAGAAAACGGAUCCAAAGGUGACAUGGGUGAAAAGGGUGAUCCUGGAUCUUCUGCUGCAGGAAUUAAGGGAGAACCUGGAGAAUCUGGUCGGCCAGGACAAAAGGGUGAACCAGGUCUUCCUGGGCUUCCUGGACUCCCUGGGAUAAAGGGUGAACCAGGUUUCAUUGGUCCACAGGGAGAACCUGGAUUACCAGGGUUACCAGGAACAAAGGGUGAAAGAGGAGAAGCAGGGCCUCCUGGAAAGGGUGAACGAGGUGAACCUGGAGUUCCUGGGCCAAAGGGGAAAUCAGGCGAAUCUGGAACUAGAGGCCCAAAGGGGUCAAAGGGUGAUACUGGAGACAAAGGUGAUUCAGGAGCAAUAGGUCCUAGGGGCCCGCCUGGACAAAAGGGAGAUCAAGGUGCAACAGAGAUAAUUGACUACAAUGGCAAUAUCCAUGAAGCUCUGCAGAGGAUUACCACCCUAACUGUCACGGGUCCACCAGGGCCACCCGGACCUCAAGGAGCACAAGGCCCAAAGGGUGAACCAGGAUCCCAAGGAACUCCAGGAGCUGAAGGGGAGCAGGGUCCUAAAGGCUCAAAGGGGGAUGUGGGUGAGUCUGGCAUGCCAGGAGAAAAGGGAGGAAUUGGACUCCCAGGCUUACCAGGAGCCAAUGGUAUGAAAGGAGAAAAAGGAGAUGGUGGUUUGCCUGGUCCUCAAGGUCCUUCUAUCAUAGGACCCCCAGGACCACCAGGGCCGCAUGGGUCACCAGGCCCUAUGGGACCCCAUGGACUGCCUGGCCCAAAGGGUGAACCAGGGUUAAAUGGUCUUAAAGGAUUGAAGGGUGAACCAGGUCAAAAGGGUGACAGAGGGCCCCUUGGUCUUCCAGGAGCAUCUGGCUUAGACGGAAAGCCAGGACCCCGGGGUAUGGAUGGCCCACUCGGUCCACAUGGCCCAGCAGGUCCUAAAGGAGACAGAGGUGAAAAGGGAGCUGUUGGUGACCCUGGAUCCAGAGGACCAUAUGGUUUGCCUGGCAAAGAUGGCGAGCCUGGCCUUGAUGGUUUCCCUGGUCCUCGAGGAGAAAAGGGUGAUCUAGGCGAAAAGGGAGAAAAGGGGGAAAAGGGAAAGAAAGGCAAAAAGGGGCCUAAAGGGGAGAAAGGAGAACAGGGUGCCCCUGGAUUAGAUGCACCUUGCCCAUUGGGGCCGGAUGGAUUACCAAUGCCCGGCUGCUGGCAAAAGUGAUGAAUCUAACCUUAGAAGCAUGAAGUUGUGUAUAAUGCUCCACUUUUUGUAUUUAUAGUUGAAAACAGAAAUUUUAUUUUACAAGUCUGAGAUAUGUUUACAUGUAGCUGCUUCUACUUGUUUGCAGUAGUCCAUGUGUACAUUUUCUUCACUUACAUCUGCAGUUAGGCAAUAUAUAUAACCACAGGAGAAAUCUGCAAAAAUAAAGAUUAGUCUCUCUAUAGAGAUAUCUAUACAGAGAUAAAUCAUGGAGAUUUAGUUUUUUCUGCAAGUUCUCUUAUUUUUGGCUUGUGGACCUGCAUGGACAAUGAGUGCCAUGAACUAGUUUACAUGAAAUUGUGACCAAAUAUGAGCUAAAUGCUAUGAAAUGUACUGUACCAACUGCCAUUGGAAUUUACUGACUUUGCUUCCAUGUUCAUCUUAAACACUAUCACUGAUUCAUGCCAUCAUCCCUGCUUGUACAGACUAAAAAAAAAAAAAGCAUGAAUUGUGUGCCAAACCUGCUUGUUGUGUGAUCACUCCACAUGCUAAAUGGCUGCUCACUGUGACCUUUGAUCCAAACUCCUGAAUUAUUUCCUUUUGUUAUCUCAAGGGAGUCACACCGUGGCUUAUUGCCAAAAAGAGAUAAAGCAGAGGAGAUUAGAAAAAGGUCUUGAAUUUUUGGGGAACACAGUUCCAACUGCAGGUGGACGGCUUCCAGUUGUGUGGGUCAUGUGACCCCUUCCCUUGGUCAAAAAGGGGUCAUGCCUGUUGAUCAGCAUCGUUUUUUCUUGCGCUGCUCACUGUCACGAAGACAUUCAAGAUAGAUGGGUUUAGAUGCCAAGUGCUGUCAACUGUUUAACCAAGAAGGAAAGAAGUUUGAAGGAGAAAACAGACUUCCUCUGUGGGCAGUUUGAAAAGGUUGCAAAGAUGCCAAGUGGAUCGUUUGACCGCAGGCCCCAUUUGAGAUUAGAAGCUUCUCAGUCUGAUUCAAGGAUUGACACAAUAUGUGCCCCACAUAUUGUAUUUUUGGGUUGCUAAAGGAAAGCAUUCUUGGCAAUGGGGAGUCUUAGAACACUCUCUAUGGACUAAUGAAACUGAUGGGAUCUGUAUGUACUGUAGUGUGGGUUUUGGAUUAUCCAAUUUAAAUUACACAACUCUUGUAUUUUAUGGGGGGGAUGAAACAAAAUUAACCUAGCUUUCAAAACUUGCAGAAGAUUAAUUUCAGUAGCCUCUUUCAGAUUUGUUGUGACAAAUACUUAGGCUUUGAAGGAAGUACUUCACAUCAUGUGUUCCUCUUGUUUCAGCAUUAUCUAUUUUAAUGGAAAAAAGUUAUUUCAUUUUACUUUCACAAGCUGAUUUAUUCACAUGGUUCUUUUUCUACAAUUGCAAUGAUUUUGCUGGACACGGUUACCCAAAGAACGUAGAAAAGGAGGGAGCCCAAGUGAUUAUCAUGAUAUGGUAGUCACAAUACACUCUAUAAGGUGUAAUUAUUUUUCCAUUUCUGAUCAAGUGACUAGUACACAACAGAAGCAGAGACUGUUUUGUUUCGUUGCAUUUUGAUUACUGGAAACGUUGAAUUGGUGCAUACUUUGUAGUUUGAGCCUCCCUGAGAAUUUGUUUGUUUCAGUUACAGUUUUGAGUCUUCAUAUGGUGCAUUUGUGAUCAGAUUAAGAGAUUAAUUUUUAUGAAACAGUUCUGUAUUUAGUAGAUGCAAAUUCUUUUUAGAUCUAUUCAAAUAAUUUUGCAUAUUGAGAUGAUCACUGACUUUUAAUAUACAUUUCUGAGAGUUCAUUUUAUAGGCAGACCAAAAACAGAGUUGCAGAAAAAGAGUAUUUCUCCACCAAUGUGUCGGUACCCUGCCAUUCCUGGAAAUAUGCAUGAUUUGCUGCUCAGUGGGUUUGUAGAUCAUCUGGACCUAUCAUGAUUUCACUCUUAAGUGGAUAGUUACUACCACAUUAGACUCUCAAGAACCCACACUGUAGGCAUUUAUUUCAUUCUGCAUAAUAUUUUAUUGCCAUUUGAAUAUAUCAAAACCAUGUCAAGAAAAUAACUUUUCAAGGAGAGAGCGUUAAUUUUUUUUACUUCUAUAAAGAUGGCUUCUUACAUAAGUCUCCAUCUUAGUUUCCUACAGAAAGCCAGUUUACGGGUGCAAUUAUUUUUUUAAAAGCCCAGUGAUGUUUUGCUAGAAAUGGAUGUUUUACUCUACUUAAAAAGUGUUAACAACCAACACCACCAGCCUGAUCUUGCACUGCUUGCACAGACUUGUUAUGUACUGUUGUAAGUCUGAGUGUUACAGUAAUGACUUUAAUGGAAGUUUCACCCAUGAAGGGGAUUACAGGAUCAGGGCAAAAGCAGCAUUCCACCUUCAAGUUUUAUUCUGGUUUCUUGGGAAAUAAUUCAGGCUGUCCUCUGAACAGGAGAGAAUCCUGUCCAUGUCCUAACAUGAUACAUAAUGGCAAAGUGCAUUAUGCAUAUGGGGACUGGAAGUAUCAUCUUUCUGUGGAACACCAAUUUUCUGUGGCAAGUUAUUGGACUAGAUAGUCUAUUGUCCAGUGCAGUAUAGUAAUUCUUACCUUCUAAUGAGAAAAUUUGCCCAGUUAGCUAAAUUAACUAUAUACAUUAAGAUAAAAGGUAAUAAUAGUAUGGAGUCAGCUAGUUUUAGUGAAAAAAUCAGGAUACAUACAUGUUCUCCCUAACAUUCUGUGUUUGCAGACUAAAUGAGGAAAGUUGAGAUCGUGUUAGCAUGCUGAAUAUGGUAGCAAAAACUUGGAAUUACCCAUGAAAGCAAGUCAUUUUAAGGAGUUAGCACCAAACUAAAGCACUAUUAAAUCCAUGCUGUCCCUUCUCACCCCAAUAUAUUUUGCAGUGCCUGAUUUGACAUCAACUUUAAAAAUCCUAUUUUGUAAACAAGAAAAGCAUGAGCCUUAGUUCCUAUACUUUUGUUGAGGCUUACAAUCAGUAGUGUGGAAUAUCACAGUACAAAUAGUUCUGUUGAUAGUACUUGAUGACUUAAACACAGGACAAAAUUCAGCUCUGGUAUAAGUGUGCGAUAGUCACUAACACAAUGACCCACAGAAUACAUACUGUAUAUAUGUAAACUUAAAAACAAAAAUAAGUAACAUAAAUUGCUUAUUUUUGCUCACUCCAGCUAAGAAUGCUUCUGCUGUCCAUGAAUGGGUGUCUUGGUUUUUGGCUAAUGUCAGGAAAGGAUCAUUCCACUGAAAUGACAGGGUCUUAUUAGUAGACAUGCAGUGUUAUCAAUAUAACCAGUCAGAUUAGAACAGUAAUAUAUACAUAUUAAGUGGUAUUGAAAAGGUGGCUACAACAUGCAAAGUAGUGGGGGGAAAUCUAGAAAAGGUUGAUACGUAGUACAGACAAAGUAGCUCAAGUUGAAUAUUUCAUAAUGAAAAGCACCCUCUGAAGACUUGCAACAUAUUUGUUUAGUUUAAAGACAAUUGGUUUUGGUGCUAUUAUAUCUUUUUUUUUUGUUUGGCAAUGCAGCUUUGGUUUGAACCACCUGUUUUAUUAUUACAUUUUAGUAGCAUUCCUCAUUUGCUUUGUUAAAUUUUGUGAAUAUGCAGAAACAGUGGUUCAUCUACCAACCUUUUCAGCAGUAAAAAUGUAUAGAGGACAUGAAUUUACUUAGGUUCUGUAUCCCUCGCUUUGUUUUGUGGUUAUUUCUUGUUCCUUUGCUUAGGAUUUUCAGUAUUUAUUUGGUACCAAUCUUCUUAUGUAUCUUUAACUUAAGUGUAUUGCAGUCACAUUGAACAGUGGCCUUUUGUCUUCAUUUUCAUAAGCUAGUUGGGGAGGGAGGAGGGAGAACUUUCUUACAGGAUGUUUUGAAACCUCAUUUUUUAUAAAGUAAAGCAUGAAACAUUCAUUCUCAGUAUUGAUAAGUUAUUUUUCUUUUAAUAUUUUUUUUAAUGUAUUGGUGAUUUUGAUGUCACUGUCUGACAAUCUGGUGAGGCAGAAUGACUCUGUGCAUCCAGCUGUUUAUAUGUGUUUUCUCUGUAUACCAUAGAAGUAUUCGUGAAAAGUUUGAAAGAGGUCAAAUCAGCAUGUCUGCAUCCAUAAAAAGAAGCACAUGUGCUCUAAUAGCUUAAAACGGGUUAUCUUCAAGAGUCAGUGUUAUGUACACUGUGAAAAAUUGAAGCUUUAUCAUAUUGAAUACACACAAAUUAGGUACUGUUGACUGAUGAUGACACUGGGACAUACUACAACCCUGCCUCUGGCAGUCCUUAACUACUUAAGGGCAGGCACUGUGGUCUAAUGGCUAGAGCACUGGGCUGGAAGUCAGAGGAAAUGGGGUGAAAUCCUGACCUCAUUGAAGAGAAUGGGAGUUGUUCCGUUGACUUACGCCAGGGUUUCAUCCCUGGAUUCUGUUCUCAGCUGCGCCACUGCCAUGCUGGGCAAGUCACUUCACUGUGUGCCUCAGUUUCCCCGCAUGUAAAAUGGGGAUCAUGAUACUUCUUACCUCCUUUGUAAAGUGUUUUGAGAUCUACUAAUUACAAGUGCUAUAGAAGAGCUAAGCACUAUUAAUCAUGAGCGAAUAUCCAUUGGCUUCAAUGGGACUGUGGCUGCAGGAAUGAUCUCACUUUUCUGAAAGCGAAUAAGGUCCUAAAGGACAUGCAGAAGUUGACAUUUUCUUUCAAACUUCCUUACUUCCACUACUUGUCCAUCAUACAUAUGUAUUUGUAAAUCUGUAUCUUUACAUUUUACCCGAGGAGAACACUUCGGUUUUCACAAAGGAAAAAAAGUCUCUCACAGAAGUGCUGAUCUUUGCAAAGAGACACAUCAGAAGCAAACAUGGAGUUUGGUGGUUGUGGAUACUGAUUCAUUUUCCUGGUGCCAUUAAAAUAAUACACCUAUCAUCUGAUUGCUUUCUUUCAUAUGGCAACUUGUUUUUAUGAAUCAAUGUUACAGUAAUGUGAAAACAAAGAUUCACUCAAACCUUCUGUUAUUGAAGUAUUUUACAUGGGGGUUGGAUUCAUGCAAACAAGUGUCUGCCAUCUUCAUAUCUGAUAGAAUUCAAACAUAGAUUCCACUUCUUUUGUGGAGUAACAUAUUAAAAAUAACCUUCUGGAGUGUUGUUUGUUUUGUAAUUUUAAAUAUAUCAAGUUAAUGCUGCUUAGAAACAAUUGUCUUUCUUUGGAGAUCGAGGGCCUUACCCAACUGGGACCUUUAGUGUUUUAUUUGUUUAACCAAGAAAUUAUAUAAAUUUCCCAGAUACCAUUGAUACUUGCACACUUCUCUGAAGUAUUAUUGAAGAGGUUGGUUUGUAGAAGAAGAAUGUUUUACAUAUCGUUAACAUUUAUGUGAAUAUUCUUAUAUUAUUGUACAUGUUUGGGAAAAUAUAAUACCAUACAGCCUAGUAACAUUUUUUUUAAAGAUGUAUGUAUCUGACUUUUUUCCUUUGCAAAAUAUUAUAUAUAUUUUUAUUUGUAUUUUUUACUUUUUUCAUCUAUAAGUGCAGUUAUUUUUGUAUUGCAAAUGGUCUCUUGUAAGUACAGUAGAGGAGAUGAAAAUGCAAUGAAAAGUAAUUUGGCAAGAGUUACACUGCUUUUGGGAAAACAUUGGGUCAGUCUCAUGUAAUCAGUUCUGUUACAACUAUUUGGAGUGUCUUAUCACUGUAAAUAAUGGCACAAAAUCUGUUUUGCCCAGUAGUGUAAAUAAUAUCAAUGUUUAAAUAAUCCAUUUUAAUUUGUUAUUUCCACUUUAUUGUGGCCUCUGGUUCAAACAGCAUGGUUUUGGUUUCCUUUUGAAAGCUUCUCAUUGGUUUUCAGUUUUUAAUAUUGUUUUGUUUUGAGUUUUGUACUUGGGUUUUUGGUCCUAGCUUGUGAGAAGUUGAUCUUCGGAAUUAUUUUUACACUAUUUAUGACUUAUUUUCAUAAUGUAAAAAGUGUGUAAUUAUUAAAAUAUUAAUCCAACCAUU